GCCCCCCGCCCUCCCUCUGCUUGUCAGGAAGCAAGCUGAUUGGCCGAGGCCUAGCAAAGAGUGGCCGGGGAUCCAAAACUGCAGGCCGCACUUAGCUUACCGUCAAAAAUAAACCAAAACAAUAACAGACAAAUCUGAGGAGGGGGACAAACGCCGAUAGAGUCGGAAGACGACGUUAUCAGAGGGAUUGAUUACCUUGAUGGAAGAAGGCACAGCAGAUAUCUUAUUGGUUUUAUUUUAAGGGUUUUGUCAUCAAAUGUGAAGUCUUUUUCCGAGUAAAGACAUGGAUCAAGGAGGAGGGGUGUUGGAACUGCACACUCAGGAGCUAAAGAUGCCCCACGCUAUGAUCAUGCAAGACUUUGUUGCAGGCAUGGGAGGCCUGGCUCACAUUGACGGGGACCACAUUGUGGUGUCUGUGCCUGAGGGUAUGCUUCUCUCUGAUGUGAUGACGGAUGAGGGCAUCCUCCUGGAGCAUGAGCUUGAGGUGGAAGGCCUGGAGACUCAGGUUGUUGAAGACCUGGAGACAGAGGUGGUUGAAGGACUGGAGACUGAAGUGGUGGAGAGCUUACACGCAGAUGUAGAGGGCUUGGAGGUUGAAGACCUACAGACGCAUGUUGUUGAGCUGGAGGCUCAGGUUGUCGACGGCCUUGAGGGAGAGGUGGAAGUCGAAGGUCUGGAAGCACAAGUAGUGGAGGGCCUGGAAACAGACAUAGAGGAUGAGUGCCUGGAAGCUCAUGUUGUUGAGGGCCUCGAGGAGGAGGUGGAGGUGGAGGGUUUAGAGGCCGAGGUUGUGGAGGGUCUGGAGGUAGAUGUGGAAAGUUUGCAGUCUCAAGGGGUUGAGGCCCAUGAAAUGAACAGUGAAGACAUGGUGUCCUCAGAACACAGUGUGAUCAUGCCUGAGAAUAUCCUGGGGACAGAGGUUGCAAUAGAGGAAGAUCUGGACCCCCACCACCACCACCACCACGUCCUUACCUCAGGCCUCAUCCGGAACUCAAACCACCACCACGAUGACAUGCCAGACCAAGUGUUUGUGGCAGAGCUUCUGUCGGACCACCAGGACAACACCCUGGACCAUCAGCUUGUGUCAGAAGGCUUGAUGGUAACAGAGGACGGUUCAGAGACCAUAAUCCACCAACAGCUGCCAACUGAGGCUGUUCCCCUGCAGACAGAUGAGGACGAUGAUGCAAGAAGCAGCUCUGAGGAUUACCUCAUGAUCUCCUUGGAUGAGGUGGAAGAGAAGUUGGACAUAGGAGACACGCCCCUUGAGAUCAGCACUGAGGUAAUGGAAGAUAAGGAAUCCAAAGAGGACGAUGGCUCUGAGGUCAUAAAAGUCUACAUUUUUAAAGCUGAAGCAGAUGACGAUUUAGGUGGAACAGAGGUAAUAACGGAGGAUGACUACCAGAAUGGCCAUCCUGACCUGGAAGCUGCAUCAUCAGGCCGAUUGGGAGUUGGCCGCGACAAGAUGGUCUACAUGGCGGUCAAGAACCAUCUUAAAGAAGAAGAUGACGAUGAUGAUGAUGACAGUGAUGAGGAUGAUGAUGAUGACAUCAAUAAUACCAUUGAUCAGGUAAAGAAUGGGGCAGCUACACCAUUUCUGCAAAUCCGAGAGGGACUGGGCGCCAACCGUGCCCUUAAGCCCAAAGCUAAGAAAAAGAAGAAAGGAGAGAUUCGACAAUGUCAGACUGCUGUUAUCAUUGGACCAGACGGCAUGCCUUUGACAGUCUAUCCCUGUCACAUAUGUGGAAAGAAGUUUCGCUCACGCGGCUUCUUAAAAUGCCACAUGAAGAACCACCCGGACCACCUGCUAAAGAAGAAGUACCAGUGUACGGACUGCGACUUUACCACCAACAAGAAGGUCAGUUUCCACAACCAUUUGGAGAGUCACAAGCUGCUGAAUCACAACAGUGAUCGCUCUCCUGAAUACACUGAGUACACAAGGCGCUACCAUGAAUCCAGCCCCCUGGGCUCUGACAAGCUCAUCGUCAAGGACCGGGAGCCCAAACUGCAUCACUGCAAGUACUGCGAUUAUGAGACAGCUGAACAGGGCCUACUCAAUCGUCACCUGCUCGCUGUGCACAGUAAGAACUUUGCACACGUGUGUGUCGAAUGCGCCAAAGGCUUCCGCCAUCCAUCAGAGCUGAAGAAACACAUGCGGACCCACACAGGAGAGAAGCCGUACCACUGCCCGCACUGCGAGUUUCGCUGUGCAGACCAGUCCAAUCUAAAGACUCAUAUUAAGAGCAAGCAUGGUGCAGAUCUGCCCUUCAAGUGCAGCCACUGUCCACAGGCCUAUGCCGACGCUCGGGAACUCCAGCGUCACAUAGAGAUGGUGCAAGGCCACAAGACCCACCAGUGCCCGCACUGUGAGCACAAGAGCACCAACUCCAGUGACCUAAAACGACACAUUAUCUCCGUUCACACUAAGGACUUUCCGCAUCAGUGCGAUGUGUGUGAGAAAGGCUUUCACCGGCCCUCUGAGCUGAAGAAACACGCAGAGACACACAAGGGCAACAAGGUGCACCAGUGCCGGCAUUGUAACUUCAACGCUUCCGAUACCUUCACCCUAAGCCGCCAUAUUUUGUCCUUGCAUACGAAGGACCUCCCUUUUAAGUGCAAGCGCUGCCGGCGAGGUUUCCGGCAGCCCGCUGAGCUGAAGAAGCACAUGAAGACACACAGUGGUAGAAAGGUUUAUCAGUGCCAGUAUUGUGAAUAUAACAGUACGGACGCUUCUGGCUUCAAACGUCAUGUCAUCUCCAUUCACACCAAGGACUACCCCCACCGCUGCGACUACUGCACCAAAGGCUUUAGGAGGCCUUCAGAGAAGAGCCAGCACAUAGCCAGGCAUCACAAAGACAUGAUGAUGUAACGUCAGCACACACACAUACACACUCCUAUUUCCCGAAUAAAUCUGUGUCACACACCCAGAGAUAAUUUUUAGUGUAUUAUCAAAGAAAUGACGGAUGCAGGCUGUUGAUGAAGACAACAUUAUAAUUGCCGUUUUGUGUUGAAAUGGGUGUGAACCUCUUCCCCAAGAGGUGAUGGACGAACAUGUUUUAGAUGAGGGGGCUGAAGUCUAAAAAACACAGUGUGUACACUGAGUGGGGACAACUGUAAAUUGUGUUUCGUUGCAGAAAAUCACUUAUGAACAUAUAUUCAGGGUUUCAAAUGUCUAUAUUUUUAUACCCACUCAGCUGAAAUGCUGCAAGAUGACGACUUUGUCCUGUAAAUCAGAAAGCGGUGCUUCGUGAACGUCAUGCCAGUUCAUCAGACCAUGUGGACCGAGUACAGGGGACAUUUGCCUCCACGGUGUCUAUUUUCCUCAUCACCUAGCUUUUACUCUGACAUUUGUGUUCAGUGCCAUCUGGUCUUAAAUGGGCAGAGCCAUUCAUGAUUCAUAAAUUCAGUGACAAACAUUAUGCACCUUGAAUACAGACAUUUUAUUAACUAUCAAUUGAACUUUUAAUCAUUUUUGAUUCUUUUCCCAAGCCUGAACAUUUGGAGUUUCAAUAACUGAAUCAUGUAUGAUAUAGGCUAUAUUCUGUUAAAUAUGCGUUAAAAGAUGAAUCAGAAAAUGUUCUGGUCUGAGGAGGAGAAAGGUUCAGUUGGUAUUUUAGUAUAAUAUCCCUUUAGUGUACACAACACAUUUCUGACACAGAAAUGCUCUUAUAUCUGCUACUAUGGUGCCGAUAAUUAACGGGCGUAUUAUCACGUGAACAUCACAGAUGGAUGGACUUUGCAUCAGAUAUAAACCCCUGAAGUAGUCGUAUAACCGGCACUGUAAGUUGUGACAUUACCUAUGCCACAGAUGUGAUCUCUAAGCUAACCGUUUGAUCGCAAUCAUGCCGUACAUCUGUCGGUAUUUAUCUCUUAAGCACUGAUGAACACAGCUAAUCAAAAAUAAGUGAUUUUUAACUCUCAAACAUGCUGUACCAAUACCAUUCUCUCAGAGAUUGUGUGUUUUGAGUCAGUAGAAAGCACUUUAAUAAUAACUGAAUUUAAUUAUAUGUAUGGGGACUAUACAUACAUAUAUAUCUACACAUAUAUAUAUGUAUAUACACAUACACAGUGGGGCCCAGAAGUCUGUCACCACUGUGUAUUAACCCCACAUGAUAAAAAGUACACAGCUUUGUGAGUGGGUAAAGGUAAAGAUUGUUUUUUGAGUAUUGUCUUUAACAAAGUGGGCACGAUCCAUUACUGCAUCAAAACUGAUAUGUCAUUGAAAGCAGUUGGUGAACCAGUUAUUGUUUUGUUCUAUGGAUAAGUGAUUGGAUUUUGUGUUUUGUUUGUGCUCACUAACAAGUUCCCCAUACCCUAGUCUUACAGUCCCUAAAUAACCCAACCCAGUCCCAAGCAUCGGAUUACUCCCUCAAAGUCAGUGGUCAUCAUAUUGGCAUUAGUCGUAAAGUAUGCACAUAUGUCUCCAUGAAAUUAAUUGUGGUAUAUAUUAAAAAUCCCUGCAUUUUGUGUACCUUAGUCUAUAUUUUCUUUCAGUCUGAUUGUGGAUAAACUACUGGUGGGGAAGAACCAAAAUAAACAAUUAUCUUUUUA